CCAGAAGAACCAAUUCUAUUAUUUUGUGAUUCAUGUAAUAAUUGUCUAAAACAUAAAGAUAAUGGUGUAGGUGAAUUAGUAGAUGUUAAGAUAGAAAUUUUUGAUAUAUUAAAAAUAGUUGAGACCUUGUAUAAGAAUAAUGAUAAGAUAAUUGUACUUAUUGAUAUAGUAGAUAUUUUUGUUUUAGCAGAAAAUAAACAACUGCGAAGUAAAAAAUUAAAUUUAUUAGAUCUUGCUAACUAUUACAAACCAAAAAUAUUAAAUACAGAAGUACUAGUCAAAUCAGUAUUAGCUGAUCUAGUUUGUUAUAGCUUAGUAAAACAAUUUAUUUUAUUAGAUAAAAAGGCUAACACAGAUUAUUUGACAUGUAAUUUAGUUAUAGAAAAAACAGCAAAGAGUACAAAUUUACUUGUACAAAAAAAUACUUGGUUGUAUUGGAUAAAAUAA